AAGGGUGUUUGUGAAAUGGGAUUCAACGCUCCGACUAAGCUACAAAAAAUUGCUUUGCCGAUCCUUCUUCCUGAUCCGCCUCAGAAUAUGAUUGCACAAAGUCAAUCUGGAACUGGAAAAACUGCAGCUUUUGUAUUAGCAAUGUUGUCAAGAGUAGACCCAUCUCUGAACUACCCUCAAGUUCUUUGUCUAACACCGUCAUAUGAGUUAGCCAUACAAAUCGGCAAUGUUGCUGCAAAAAUGUCUAAAGAAUGCAAUGACAUCAGGAUUCGCUUUGCAGUUAGAGGGGAAAAAGUGGAAAGAACUGCACGGUUAACUGAACAGGUAAUAGUUGGAACGCCUGGAAAAGUGGUCGACUGGGCAAUGAAGUACAAAUUUUUUGACAUCAACAAAAUCAGAGUAUUCGUUCUCGAUGAGGCGGAUACAAUGAUUGGCUCAGUGAUGAGCCGUUUUUACGCCCAGGGUCAACAUUACCAAACCUUCUGCAUUAUAAGAGAAUUGCCUAAGGAGUGUCAGAAGAUGUUUUUCUCCACAACUUACAAUGAUUCUGUAAUGGAUUUCGCUGAAGCACUCAUCUACAAUCCUGUCCUAAUAAGACUACGGCGAGAAGAAGAAGUCUUAGACAACAUCAAUCAAUAUUACGUUAUUUGUUCAAACCCUGGGGAACAAUACGUGGCGAUAUCUAACAUUUACAGAGUCGUGACGAUUGGCCAAACAAUUAUAUUCUGUUGUAAGAGGCGCACAGCUAGUCGGCUAGCAGAGAAGAUGACUAAGAACAGACACACGGUGGCGCUACUGACGGGAGAACUACCAGUUAGUCAGAGGCUCAUGACAUUGAACCGCUUCAGGGAGGGAAAGGAUAGAGUACUCAUUACGACUGAUGUUCUUGCCAGAGGUAUUGACUUUGAAGGUGCGAAUUUGGUAGUUAACUACGAGCUACCAUUGGAGCACAACAUUGAUAGGAACCAGAAAUACCAAGCAGAUUGUGAGACAUAUCUGCACAGGAUAGGGCGGACAGGGAGGUUAGGCAAGGUGGGGACCGCUGUCAACCUGAUACACUCUCCCCAGGCAUUUAAGACACUGAGACAAAUCAAGGAGCAUUUUGGUGAGUAA